AUGGCAAUACCAAAACAGGCAUCAUGGAUGGUGAGGAAAAUCCUAAAUAUGAGGAAGUAUUGGCACACAAUCAUAACUAGCCCUACUUUGGUCAAAAAAGAGAAAUUUCACAUACAAGCAGCUUAUAUAGCUUUGAGGGGACCUGUAACUGAGGUAGCUUGGAGUAGUCUGAUUUGUCACUCUGUUGCAAGUCCCAGGACAGUGUUCAUUCUCUGGUUGGCUUUGCUUGGCAGGCUUAGAACACAAGAUUUACUGAUCAAAUGGGGCAUUGAUGUCAAUGGAACAUGUGUGCUAUGCAAAAAUGGUCUGGAAACACAAGAACAUCUGUUGUUCCAUUGCUACUUCUCUAAGAAAGUAUGGCAGGAGAUGUUAAGCUAG